AUGUUGGACACUGAGAUCCAAGAUGUAGCUACUAAAGCGGAAGGUCAAAUAGGAUCUAAACUAAGGCUACUUUAUUUGGCAGCUAAUGCUAAUUCUAAUGCUAAAGGAGGAGAUGAGUGUUUAGUUGAGGAGGCUUGUCAACAGCUUUAUCAGACAAUGCAACAAGUACUCAAAGAUAUUAAGGCAGUUGAAGUAAGGAUCCUGAUGCUAAAACCAAACUUACUAAGUUCAUCAACAAAUGAUUUCCAGGGAGACAACAUCAUGGUUGGUGUUUACUCCCCAAGCCCAAGUGAUUUAAUCCCUGAGGAUACACCCAUAAUUGGACUUGAUCCGGAAGCAUGGGAAGUAGUGAAGAUGCUCAUAUAUAAGGGGUCACCAUUGAAACGAGAAGUUAUAGCAAUGUGUGGGCUGGGAGGCAUUGGGAAGACCACAUUAGCCAAAAUGGUUUAUGAACAUCGUGAAGUUAGGCAUUACUUUCACAUUCGAGCAUGGACUGUUGUGUCUCGAGAACAUAAUGUAAAAGAGAUGCUCAUUCACCUUUUGGAUUGUAUUUUGCCAGUCACUACUGAAAUCUCCAACAAAGAUGAGGUUGAGCUAGCAGAGCAAUUACGCAAAAGUUUGGUGGGUAAGAGGUAUUUAAUUGUCUUAGAUGAUAUGUGGACUGUUAAAGCAUGGGAUGUCAUUCAAUUAUGUUUUCCAAAUAAUUUCAAUGGAAGUCGGAUUCUAAUAACUACUCGAUUAAGAGAGGUGUGUACAUACUUAUCUGAACAAAUUUUUGACGUGAGGUCCCUUUCAACCGAGGAAUGUUGGCAAAUAAUUAAAAGAAAGGCGUUUGGGAAUAGAGGUUAUACAUCCGUUUCCUAUGAGUCAUAUGGAAGAAGUUUUAGUAGACAAUGCAAGGGAAUACCCCUGGCAGCUGUUUUGAUUGCUGGACUUCUAGCUACGACUAACAAUUCGUUAGAAAUAUGGGGAAAUAUUUCUGAAACUUUGCACCGUAAAAAGGUAAUAAAUUAUAAAGACGUCGGUUUGGAAGCGAUUACAUCUGUGUGUUACGAUUUCUUGCCAAAUCAUCUAAAAGCUUGCUUUCUUUAUUUUGGAAUUUUCCCUGAAGAUAGCAGUAUUCCUUUUACGAAACUAAUCAACUUGUUGGUUGCUGAGGGAUUUCUAAAGCCAGAAAGAAAUAGGAGUUUGGAAGAAGUGGCAAAAAGUUACUUGUAUGAUCUCAUUAAUAGAAAUCUAGUUCAAAUUAACAAGCGAAGUGUUGAUGGCAAGAUUAAGAGAUGUAUAAUUCAUGAUAAAGUUCAUGAGAUGUGUCUGAGAGAAGCUAAAAAGAAGAACAUUAUGUCUCUUCUCAAUGAAAAACAUGCUCUAGAAGUUUGUCGUUGGAUAAGUUGUCAAUCAAGUUAUUGGCCAAUCACUCAAGCAAGUUUUGAGAAUCACACUUUCGAUGGAAUCCGUUCUAUUCUAUACUUCGGAAGAUAUUUCUACCUUUCAAGAUGUCGGUUGGUGUACCCAUUUUUGAAACUGCUAAGAGUAUUGGAUUUAUCUUUACUUAAAUACUCUCACGGCAUGCCUAGUGGAAUAGCGGAUUUAAUUCAUUUGAGAUACUUGGCUUUAAGCACCAUAGGUUCUGUUUAUAAGUUUAGAUUCUCUAAGCUUCAAAAUUUGCAAACUCUCAUUGUUUCUUCAUGGAUGGGAGGAUGUUAUUUGCAACUGCCAAGUAAUAUUUUGGAUUUGUUACAGUUGAGGCACUUGCAUCUUGAAAAAAGAUAUUCACAGUGUUUCCCAAGCUUGAUUCAAGAAAAUUUGCAAACUCUUUAUUGGUUGAAAGUUGCUAGCUCAGAUCAAAAUAAAAAUUUUAAAAUGUUUCCACAAUUGAAGGAACUAGGGAUUUACAUUGAAGGUGAGUUGGUGCAUGGUUGUCUUGAGAGCUUUGUUCAUUUACAUCUACUUGAGAAAUUGAAGGUUGAAAUAAGAUGGGUGGAACGCUUUUAUCUUCCUACUUCCUUUCCUCCAAAUCUUAAACAGUUGACACUUCGCUAUACUUAUGUGCCAUGGAAGGAGAUACACAUUGUUAGUAAGUUGCCCAACUUGGAGACUCUCAAACUAAAGGAUUUUGCAUUUUGCGGCUCAAAGUGGGAACAAACAGAGAUGAGAUUUAAAAUAUUAAAGGUGCUUCUCAUUUCAUGUUUAGAUUUCACACAUUGGAAUGCAAGUGCUAAUCAUUUUCCUAUUUUGGAGAAAUUAGUCCUGAAAUAUUGUUGGGAAUUAAAACAAGUUCCAAUUGAUUUUGCCAACAUCAAAACAUUGAAAUCAAUUGUGCUAGAGAGUUGUUAUUCUUCUCUUGUGAAUUCUGCACAUGACAUUGAAAGGAGGAAAUGGACAAAUCGACGUGCAUUUUUUGUUGUUAAUGAUCUUGGAACUAAGGUUGAAUUGCCAAAUAAUGACUGCUCUGAAGAAAACAGUGUUGAAUUCCCAAAUAAUGAAGGCACCGAGGGAGGAAGUGUUCAAUUGCCAGAGAAGAAAGUACUGAAAUCUCUAUCUGAAGAAGGAAAGUUUUAAGCUCUAAGAAGAAAUUGGUAAAAGCUCUAAAGAAGAAGAAAACAUUG